AACCCAUCCAUCCAUCCCACUUCUAUUACUUCAUAAACAGCUUCUUACGCCCUACUCCCUUCACCCUACCCAAUAGCCUCCUCAUUAAGUAAUGGCCUCCAUCACCAGCCUCUCCAGUGCCAUGGUGAGCCCCUCCUUCAUCCGCCGCCAGCCCCUCACAAGCCCACGCUCUCUUUUCGGCCUCAAACCCCUGAAAGGUGGCAGCCUUACCAUGGGUGCAUACAAUGUAAAGCUGGUGACUCCUGAUGGACCUCAAGAAUUUGAGUGCCCAGAUGACGUUUACAUUCUAGACCAAGCUGAAAAACUGGGCAUCGAUCUUCCCUACUCCUGCAGGGCUGGGUCUUGCUCUACCUGUGCUGGUGUUAUCAAACAAGGCAGUGUGGAUCAGUCGGAUGGCAACUUCCUUGACGAUGACCAAAUUGCCGCUGGUUUUGUUCUCACUUGCGUGGCUUACCCUACCAGUGAUGUCGUCAUUGAAACUCACAAGGAAGAAGACAUCAACGGUUAAAUUAUAUACUAAUAAAACCGGGUUUUAUGUAACUCACAGUAUCAUAUUUUUCCUUCUUGUCGUCGCCGUCGCCGUCGUCUUGUUUGUGUGUUGUGAAGGGAUGUUAUGUUGGAUAUGUAUGAGCUAUGAAAUUACAUAAAAAUUAAUUAGAUGCAUGAGGAAUACUUGUAAGCAAAACAUGAGUGGUGCAACCAACGUAAAUUAAAAACAAAAACCGUGUUUUACAAUUA